CUGGCAACCAGAAGGUUCGGGUGUGCAAGAUCUGCUCCUCCGCAGUCAAGACCACGGGACGAGAAUAAGGUUUCAGAGAGGAUGAAAAGUCGGGUCAACGCAACUCAAGGAAGAAGAAACCGACUUGCAUUGUCUCGAGCUGAAAACUUAAAGGUAUCACCAGAAAACAAGCUGAGCAAACUUAAAGUCUCUCGAUACAUUUUCGACUGCAAAAAGGUGGGUGAUAAGGGUUUAUCAUCCGUUGCAAACGGGUCUCGUAAUCUGAGAUCAAUACGUGCUGCGAUUUGCAGACUUCUUACAUAUGCUCGCACUCGUCUAGAUAUGGCCGAAUCGUGUAACUCCUGGCUAUCGACUCUCAAACAACUCGAUUGCUUUAGGAUUGGAGAUGAGUUGAUAAACGCCACAGCGAAUACUGCAAUAAUCUCGAGACGCUAG